CGCUUUUCCUCCUCCUCGCUCUUCGGUCAGCGCUACUCGGACCCGCCCCACCCAGCCCGACCGCCAGACGACACCCGCCGCCAACGAGCGCAACUGGCACCAUGGGCAACGUCUUCAGUGUCCCCAUCUUCAUCAUCACUCUUCGCGAGACGAUCGAGGCGGCCAUCAUCAUCUCCGUCCUGCUCGGUCUUGUCGAGUCGCUCGUGCAUGACAAGCCCGCCGACGGCGACGACGUCGUCGAGAAGCUCGACGCCGCCGAGCGCAAACGGUUGAUUCGGCGCAUGCGGCUACAGAUCUGGGCAGGCGCCCUCGCCGGUCUCUUCAUCGCGCUCUGCAUCGGCGCGGCCUUCAUCGCCGUCUUCUUCACGACCCUGUCCGACCUUUGGUCCAAGUCGGAGGAGAUCUGGGAGGGCACGUUCUCGCUCAUUGCUGCCGUCAUCAUCUUCGUCAUGGGCCUCACCAUGCUCCGCAUCGACCGCUCGAAGCUCAAGUGGAAGGCAAAGCUCGCCGGCGCGUUCGACAACAAGGUCGACACGUCGACCUUGACGGGCAAGGACAAGCGCGAGGCCCGCAGGUCCAAGUGGUCGCUCUUCCUCCUUCCCUUCAUCACCGUCCUUCGCGAGGGUCUCGAGGCGGUGGUCUUUGUCGGAGGAGUUUCGCUCGGUCAGACGGCAAAGGCGAUCCCGCUCGCCGCCAUCACGGGCAUCUUUGCCGGUCUCGUCAUUGGCUACCUCAUCUACGCCUCGGGCUCGCGCGUCAACCUCUCGAUCUUCCUCGUCAUCUCGACCAACGUCCUCUUCCUCCUCGGCGCCGGCCUCUUCUCGAAGUGCUUCGGCUUCUUCCAGAUCUACGCCUACAACCAUCGCGUCGGAGGAGACGUCGCAGAGGCCGGCAGCGGUCCGGGCUCGUACGACCCUACUACGGGCUUGGUCUGGCACGUCGCGUACGGCUCGCCCGAGAACAAGUUCGACACGCACGGCUGGUCCAUCUUCAACUCGAUCCUCGGAUGGACGAACAACGCCAACGUCGGCACCGUCGUCUCUUACUGCGUCUACUGGAUCGCCUGCAUCCUCUCCCUCGUCUACAUGAAGUGGUCCGAGGGCCGCACGACCAUCUUUGGCCUCAAGUCGGCCGCCUGGCACCGUCGCGCCGAACGCCGGGCCCGCGCCGACGAGAAGGAGCAGUCGUCGAGCCUCGAGAAGAAGGACUCGGUCGAGUCGCCCAUCGACGAGGAUCGGCAGUUUGCGUCGCACGUCUGAGCGUGGGCGAGGACGGCCUGAGCGAGCGAGUGAGCGGUCCUCGGCGAGGGAUUGCUCGCUAGCAAGGGAUGCAGGAGUGCGGGCAAGGGGUUCCGCAGUCAGUUUCAGCCUCGGUCUGACAAUUCAGCAGUUCUCUCGAUCCUCG